GCCGACUUCCGGUCUGUGUUGUCGCCACUUCCGGUUCUUCGCCCGCCCCGCCGCCAUGUUGUAGUUUUCAGCUCCACUUCCGUUUUCCAGGCCUCGCCCCGCCUUCCGCCACAUCCGGUUCUUCACCUCGCGUCACUUCCGUUCCUCGACAGCACUUCCGGCGGUGGGACGCACGAGGGAGGCGCGCGGGAUGCCGAAACGGAGCAAAAAGGGCGAAGAUGGCGAGGCAGAGGUGGUGUCGGCGAAGUCCCCCCGCGAGGCGGCCGCCCCAUACGUGGACCCCCCGGUGCGGGAAGAGACGGCCGACGGGCGGCCCUACAACUUUAAGGUCACCUCAUGGAACGUGGAUGGGCUGAGAGCAUGGGUCCGGAAAGGGGGGCUGCAGUGGCUGCAGUCGGAGGCCCCGGACGUUGUUUGCCUUCAGGAGACCAAAUGUGGGGCGGAAUCGAUCCCAUCUGAGCUGUCCCAACUGCCCCAUCUGCCCCAUAAGUUUUGGGGUUCCGCCGUGGGGCGUUCGGGGUACAGCGGGGUGGGACUGCUCAGCCGCACCGCCCCCAUCCGCGUCACCCACGGCAUCGG